GAACUCUUGCAUUAAGUUCUGCUGCACUAAGUUCUGCUGCACGUUGGAAAGAACAGUAACCUCUGACGUUACUUCUGCUAGAAAACGCACCAGUGUACACUUCUUGAAUUAGUGCAAGAAGUUCAGCUGGGAAGAACAAAUCUGUAGUCAAAGGUUUGACCAUGUUCAGACCUGAUUUUUUUGGAAUUUGUACCUCGAUAUCUUGGGCGAAUAGACAAUAGAUAUAAAUCUGAGUCCAAGUAAAAUAAGAAGAAGAAGAAUAUAAUCUUAUGUGAUUGCGUGAAUAAUUGACCUAAAUCUUUGCAAAAGUGCAACGUGAUUUAUUUUUAGGUUAUGUAUAUUACUGUAUGCAGCGAAAGAACAUUUACCUAACUUCAAUUAAUAUGCAAACCUAGAUUGACUAGGUUAAGUUUAUAUUGUUACUGCAGAAAAUAUUAAAUUAAUGCGAUUGCAAAGAUGAGUGACUUAGAAAUCGCGUACAAUAGUGAUCAGGAAGUUUCGGAGAAUCACUCGAAACUCGUCGAAGCUGUAACACAGCUUGAUAAAAAGCAAAGAGUAAAUAAAGCGGAAAGGAGUGAGCCCACUUUAGAGGUCUCAGAGUUCCAUCUUGUAAAAAGGGCAACCAACAAGGAUGCCGUACAGGUUCGAGAUCUGGUUAAAUCAUUGGGACAGAAAGGAUAUCAAAGCCAAAUUACAAAAAAGCUUCGAUCUAUUCAAAAAUGCAAAACUAUUUCCAAGCCAUUGGAAAAACCAACUGCUGAAAAGGUAAAAAUGAGAUUUGGUUUUGAACGUACUCUGAAGGAUCUAUCAAGAUGGAAUGCUAUAGUCGCUAAAAAUAGAACGGCAACACAUUUAACUUUUCCACUGAGAACUCCUAAGCAAAAAUUGAAAAUUGACUCCCCAGCAGAUUUCAUAAAUCAUCUUAGAUUUAAGUCUGAUUUACAACGAAAGUUGGAAGAAUUAGAUCCAAAACUAAAAGAACCUCUACCUCAGGAGAAGGAGAAAAGAGAUAAUGAAGAAGAAAAAUCCCAAAUGACAUUGAAGGACAUGAAGAAGAAAAGAAGCGAAACUGCCAAAUAUAGGGCACAGCAGUCGUAUCAAGAGGCGAAGGCGCAUCGUCAACGUAAGAUCAAAAGCAAAAAGUUCCAUCGUAUAGAGCGGAAGAAGAGAGACAAGGAACAGUUGGUGGAGUUUGAGAAAUUGCAGAAAACUGAUCCGGAAAAAGCCUUGACAAUGUUGGAACAAUUGGACAAGAGUCGUGCGGAAGAACGAAUGUCGCUGAGACAUAAGAGCACUGGUCAAUGGGCCAAGAAUAAACAGAUCAGAGCUAAAUAUGACAAGGAAACUCGACAGGAGCUUGCCAAGCAGUUGUCUAUUGGUAGAGACUUGACACAAAAAGUCAGGUUAGCUUCCGAUAAUGACGAAGAUAAAACGUCCUUUACGUUUGCAAAUAUAGUUGAGGAACCACCUAACAAUAGCGAAAUGGUGUCUGAAGUCAAUGAUUUGAUUGAAAGUUAUCGGAAGUAUCGUGAUAAGAAGAAAUCCGAAGGAGAAACUGCCGCGAAGGUUGACAGCAAAUCCAAGUCGCCUGCCAACAAAUUAGAUGAAGAUAAGAAAUCGUAUACAAAGACAGAGUCUGAAGUUAGUGAAUUUGCUAAAGAUUGUUUGAAGCGCCGCGAUAGAAAGGACGAGGAAUCCAAAGAAGAGAGUGUCGCGAAGGUUGAUAGCACAUCCAAAUCAUCUGUCAACAAAUUAAACAAUAUAUCAAAUGAUAUGUUAGAAAAACAGAUUUCUGAGCCAAAUAAAGCAAAUACAAUUGCUUUUGCUGUCACUUCUUCAAAUCAAAAGACUAAAGAAUCUACCAAAGUCAAAAAAGCAAGUAAAAAAGUGAGUACGAGCUGUACUGUAAUUUCGGAUGAGAUAGUUUCGAAAAAGGAAAAAGCGAAAUUAUGUAACAAGAAGAACAAAAUUAAGGUGAAAAAUGAGCAUAAUGUAGAACUUACCUCCACGUGGCAUGUCGAAGAAUUGCAGUGCAAUAAGAAAAUGGACUCUAAAACGCCUAAAGUAGCAGACAUAGACGAUAUGUUUGAUUCCGUGGAAGAAAACAUAAAAUAUAAAGUCAACUUGAAGAUGCACAGAAUAAAAAGGAAACUUGAGACAGAGAACAAAGUAAAUAAGCGCAAGAAGAAGGCGAAUAAAGAGAACGAGAACUAUAUGCCAAAUCUGGAAUUUAAAGAUUAUAAACAGAAACCCAUAUUGGAUCUUCCAUUAGAGGAAACCGCUUGUAAGGAAAAUUCACAGAACACAGAUUUGACGACCUUAAAGACAAUAAUGAACACUGAGCAAGAACCCACAACUAAAUCAAAUAGUUACGUGGGGGAAAUCAAUCUGCAGAAUCCUCAUUCGAUGAACACAAAGUCGAAGCAUCUAAAGACGGAAAUACCGGAUUUAGAUGUAGAUGAGGAGGACGUGCUGGAUAACGAUGAACAGGAAGAAAACUUUGAUAGAUUCAUAGACGAAGUAAUGGAAAAUAGCGAUGCCGAGAAGGAAUUCAGAAAGGAGAAAGAAGAGGAGAUUAAGAAUUCGCAACCAGAAACUAUUAACACGAGCUUACCUGGAUGGGGAAGCUGGGCGGGAACAAACAUCAAGAAAAGCAAAAUGAGACGUAAGAACAGACGAUUUAUACUAAAGUUUCCCAAGAACGUGCCGCGUAAAGACGAAAAUAAAGGCGAUGUGAUAAUCUUCGAGGGUGAGAAUCAGAAGUUAAAAGAGCACCUUGUCAGUGAACUGCCAUAUCCAUUUACUACCGUUAAGGAUUUUGAAGCGAGCAUCAGAGCUCCUCUGGGUAGAACCUUUGUGCCAGAGAAUGCUCACAGACGAUUGAUUCAACCAUCGCUGGUUACUAAAUCCGGUCAAUUGAUUGAACCCAUGACUGAAGAAAUGUUAUUAGAGAAGCAACCGAUGGUGAAACGACGUAUCGAUAAACAGAAAAAGAACAGCAUGAAGAACAAUAAAAUAAAACACGAGUAGGAUGUAAUAGUGUAAAAUAAUAUCCCUUGUACUGAGAAUUAAUUAAGUUGCAUUGACAACCUUUGUUAUGAUUUGUAAAACUAGUUCUAUAAAAUAAUCAACAUCAUUAAUCUUU